AAGAUAGAUGACGUGAUGACGUAUCAUGGACAUACCGAAAUGGCGUAUUGAGAUGUUAUGAUUUUACGGCUUAUUUUAAAGUGAACGUUUCUAUAAAUAGUAUGAGCAUUUUGUGUUAAAAUUAUUCCCUGCAUUUUGUAUGGACGGUCGAUUUAUUGAAUAACGUUAUUAUAAACAUUUUUAGUGAUUUACCUUCAAGAUUUUAAAGACGAGGCAUGAUGCAGUCUCCUGGAGACAAUUCAAUUACAAUUGUUGAUCCUCAAACACAGACCUAUGCCGAUAACAAUUUAAAUGAAAAAACUAUGGGUACUCAGUACAUUUACACAACAGAGGGACAGUUAAUUCCAACAACACCAGAAGUUGUUGCUGCAAAUAUGGAUUUAAAUGCACAGCACUUUGAUACUGCACAAGUUACGGAUGCACAAGGCAUUCACCUUCCGCAAGUUCAUUACCAGUAUGAACAGCAAUUCCCUGAUGGCACCAUUCAACAGGUACCACCUGGUGGAGAACAGUUUGUUCAAAAUCAAGAGUUUGUGGUCACCGAAGCUUCAUAUAUGCCAGAUCCCCAACAAAAUAUUAGCACUCACAUUGUGACAGAAGCAACAUCUGAAGUUGCCCCUUAUGUAUAUACCACCCCACAAGUUCAAGAUACUUAUGUACCAUCACUUUCUGCUGUUACAACUGCUUCUUAUGUGGCGAAUUUUGAUGCAAAUUCACAAGAAAGCCAACCGGAAGUAGUUGAGAUGGAAGAAAAACCUGAUGAAAACAAUUCUACUACUGCACAGACACAAGAACAAUUGCCUACACCUGUAGAAGAGCCACAACCUACUGUGGAUAAUACUAAAGAGGUAGAAACAGAAAAUCACAGUGUUGAAGAGCCUACAAAAGAACAACCAGAAGUGCCAGAAAUAACGGAGGAGUCUGUGAUAGAAGAAACAAAUACUUCCAUGGAAACACCUGAACAAGCUAAUGAAGUUGUUAUUGAAGAUAUAAGCAACAAGGAAAUUACGAAACCAAAUGAAGAAGAAAUUGAAAAGUCUACCGAAAGUUCAGAAGCUGUUCAUACCGAUAAUAAAGAAUUAGAAAAAGUUCCAGAACCAAUAGAAGUUUUGGGUGAAAAUGUUGAAGUCAGUUCUGAUAUUACUCCGAAUAAAGAUAUUUUAAAUCUCAAUGAAGGCGGCAGUAAUAUAGUAGAAAUAGUGGAAGAAGAUAUUGAAAGAGAUGAUGAGAAUUCAACAGACACUAUGGAAACAUCCGAUGUUCAAGAGACAAUGGUAAUCGUUUACGAAGAUAACAGUUCCCAAGGCGCGGUAUCUGACGAGGAGGAAAUUUAUACUGUAAACGAAGACGGCGAAGUGCAAGAAGCUGUCAAAAAGAAGCGCGGAAGUAGGAGUUUAGAGGAACAGGCCUCCGGUAAAUCGCCCCGUCCUCGCGGUAGAAAGCCGAAAACCGAGAUACCCCUGCACAUUUUGGGGCACAACGUUACUAAACCGGUGGACAGCGCGGUCAACGGCAAGUCGGCUCCGAAACCGCGGUUGGGCGUUAAGGUUCCCUACAGGAAUCUGACCAGUCAGAUCGUAUCCAAGGCGGAGAUCGAACAGGAAAUAAUGGACAGAAACAAAAAGAAGGAAAGCAAAGAAUCAGCAGUGGCACGCCAUCUGUCAGCCCGCAUUACCAAAAAGUUUGUACCGCCCAGUUCUGAUCCCCUCGCGGUUACUGAAUCGGAUAUAUCCGCAAAAGCGUCAGCGAAAAAAACACCAGUGGAGAAAACUCCAGCCGCUGAAGACGAUACAACGGAGGAAUCAUCAAAAGACAAACAGACUGACAGUAUUGAAAACAACUCAGAUUUAUUGGCUAUUUUAGAAGGCAACGAUGUAUCAGAAGAGGUUACUUUGCCUUUAGGGCCUGUAGCUUCCAGAGAAAGCACUGAAAGCACCCCUGAUGAAUCUUCCCUGAAAAAUCUUGAGCGUGAAAUCGCUCUACAACAGUUGCACGAUCUACCUUAUUUGUCACCUAGCACGCGUUUUUACAAAGGAAAAACUUGCAAGACUUAUCUUAAGGAGGUGCCGAAUUUAUCUCUGUCCGACGAUGGAAAACCUAAAAUUACGUCCAACACAAAGACGACUGCCGGACAAACCAAAAAUAAAGAAGUUGGACAAAAACAAGCUGCAAAAAGUCCUAGCAAACAAAACCCAGACGAACCACAAAUUAAGGUAAACAUGGCCUUAAAAACGUACUCGCGCAAGAGGAAAUCGGUCGACAACGUUCCAGAACCCCAACCGUUAAAAAAGACUCCAACUAUUUCAAACGCUCAGAUUGAGGUGAAGACUAAUAUUCAAUCGCCUCCUUUGAACGAUGGAGUUUACGUCACCAAAAGUUCCAGGGUUAUUAAGAAAAAGGUUAUUUGGGAUCCUGACGAGACACCGACAAAGUCAGCAGGAACCAAGGUUGGUACCAACAAGCCCGAGAAUACUCUUCAAACCAAGAUUAUUGCGAAAUAUAGUUCGGUCAAAAGUGAGACUAAGGCAGCUGCUGAGAAGUCAGAGAAAAAAGCGGAAACCAAGGCAAAUACUGAUAAGAUAGUUGAAGAUAAACAACUGCCGAAAAAAUCCCCACUGCCUGCGGCCGCGGAAAAGAAAAUGAGUUCUGCGAGCAAGGUAAUUCAAAAACCGAAAAAGUCCAGGACGGAGGUGGAUAAGCUUUUGGGGGACGAGGGAACCAUUAAGAUGUUGUACGAAUUAAAGAACGACUCCUCUGAUGAAAAAAGAAAGAAAACCGUUAUUUCUGUAGAAAGAACUUUUAAGGAUUUGGCGAAAAAGGCUAAUCUAAUCAAAUCGGACUUGGUUAAUAACUCGUCAGUGGAAUCGCCAAAGUCGCUUCGUAAAAAGGACUCGGCCAUUUCGCCUGAAACGAAAAUAAAACCAACAAAAUCCGCUUCACCGACUCCAGCUCCAUCUCCGGCACCUUCGGGAAUCAGCAGGCAGAAGUCCAAAGAUUCUAAUAGAAGUACCCCGCCGCGAUCACCAACAUUUCCAUUUCCAAAUGAAACAUCUUACUUGAUUAGACGCAGAUCCAGUAGCUCAUUGUCCAGUAACGGAGGGAGUUUGGAUGACGACCAAGAAAGGGUACUGAGAAGAAAAACUCGAAGCUCCCCUUUGAACGAUUACUCGAAAGCGAAACGGGUCAAAAAAUCGAGCGAGACGAAAGAUCAAGAAUCGGAAACGGACACGAAAAACCAGAAACGAGUGGAAAACAGAAUAGGUCACUACAAAACGUUCAACGUAAAGAAAAUCAACAAAAGCGUCACGAUUGAUUUACACACGGCGGACACUACAAAGGGCUACUUCACUUUGGAGUUACUGGAAGAACUGACAACGGCUUUAAAUAAGAUUUCCAAAGAAAAGGAUUGCAAUGCGGUGCUGGUUCGAUCCAAACAGGAUAAAAUUUUCAGUUUAGGCUUGGAUUAUAAGACUUUGGUCAGUGAUAAGGAAAAUGAAAGAAAAACCAAAGCCACCAAGUUGUCAGAACAAGUCAGUAAUUUCAUCAAAUGCCUGUUACGUUUUCCGAAAGUUUUGAUCGCCGGUAUAGAAGGCGAAUGCUGCGGUUUGGCAGUCACGAUGUUGCCUCUGUUUGAUAUCGUUAUAGCCAGCGAUACUGCCUGUUUCACCACUCCCUUUGCCUCGCUGGGAGCGAUCGCAGAAGCUGGAUUUUUAUUAACGGUGCCGUAUGUACCCAGCCACGGAUUGGCCAGCGAGUUGUUUUACAUUUCUCAAACGUUGACAGCUGACGAAGCCCACCGAAAGGGUUUAAUAACGAGGCUAUGUUGGCCGGAAAAGUACAAAGAUACUGUACGAUUGGUUACUGCUUCAGUGGCAAAGGGAUCAAAACAGAGUUUGGAAGCGACGAAGAGGCAACUUCGUCUCAGUAUUAUGGAAUCUACCGAGACGGCUAUCCAAUCGAUGAAAUCACAACUAGUCGAAUUUUGGACAAGCCCGGAAUGCCAGAAGAACUUCUCCAAAAUUGAAUAGCAAAUAAAGAAUGAAUAUAUUAUAUCGUUCAACAUUUUAGACGAGGUACAAAACGAAAUUACUGAAAAUCGCAGCGGUUCGUUUGGAACAAAUUAUUUUUGAGGUAUACUAAGUAUACUUACUAUAACGAUGGUAAUUUUUGGAGGUUUGUCAGGCUACAAAACUUUAAGUUUUUCGGUAAAAAAAGUAAAAAAGAAAAAUAUUUUUUAUAUUUUCAUAAAGUUAGGUAUCGUGGCAACCUGUAGAUAAGGCUUUUUUCCAAUUGACUGUUAAAAUAGAUUUAAAACUGCAUUAGGUAGGAAUAAAUAUAGUUUAAUAUAGUUUGUGAGUCAUA